AUGGUGACAGUAACAAUGGCAACAAUAGCUGGUGCAGCUGCUCUGUUAUAUUAUACUUUAAACAAAAAACUACAAUCCGGCACAACACCCGAUGAUGAAGAAGAAAGUGAUAGCCUUAUACAAAGUCAUGGUCCUUCAGGAGUUGAACGAGUAUCCAAUAGACUAAUCCAGGCUCCUGCAACAUGGCUGGAAACCAUUUCAACUUUGUCAGAAACUCUUCGAUUUACAUAUUCAGAAACUUUAGGGAAUUUGCAUGUUAGUAGUGUAUAUGGAGGUGAAGAAAGCAUGCAACUUACAGAGGAGACAGGCUUUUCACCUGAAGAUGUUCUUAUUCAGGAACCCAAAGCCGGAACAAAAGCAUUCCUUCUAUUAAUUCGUGGGACGCACAGCAUCAAGGACACUCUAACAGCUGCAACAGGGGCAGUUGUGCCAUUUCAUCAUACAGUUGUGCAUGAAGGAGGAGUUACUAAUUUGGUAUUAGGUUAUGCUCAUUGUGGAAUGCUUGCAGCUGCUCGAUGGAUUGUAAAGCUUGCAACUCCUCUUCUUCUUAAAGCAUUCCAAGAUUACCUUAAUUAUAAGCUUCAAAUUGUUGGACAUUCUUUGGGUGGUGGAACUGCUGCAGUUUUAACUUAUGUCUUAAGGGAACAUAAAGAACUCUCUGCAACUACUUGUGUCACAUUUGCUCCAGAAAUAUCAUUUGAAGAAGUUGACAAAACAGAAAGCAGCGAAAUUGAAGUGAUUAAAGAUGUUGAGGAUGAAUUUGAUGUGGAGACAGUGAUAAAGAAGCAAGAAACACAUAAUUUAUUCUGUCCAAAUUGCAAUUCUUGUAUCACAAAAAGAGUUAUUCUUCGUAAACGGAAACGUAAAAUCCCGGUUCCUGGUGAAAUUGCAAAGCGUAACAACCCCGAAACUUCAAAUCCUUCAGAAGUGAAUCUUGUUUCUGAUGAUAUUCAACCGUUGAUAUCUAAUGAAGAUGAUCAUGAGAGGACCAAGAAACAUCGAUGGGAGGACCAAGAGUAUGACGAAUUGGAGGAGAGUUUGAUUGAUAGAAGAAAGAAUCUCAAACAAACGCCAAUUUUCACAAGCAUCAAUGACGAUUUCAGCAGCAAUAACGGUGGUUCAAUUGGUGUCUUGAAUGGAGAUCAAGAAAAAGAAGAAGAAGUCAAAGAUUUAAGUCAACAAAAUGGCAUAAAGGUUGAUGAAGAUGAUAUAGAGAAAGAGAAACAACAGACAUUGGAGUAUCUUGUUUAUUAUGACGCAGAUAAAGGAAUAUGGAAAUGUCGAAUCUGCUCCUGGGAUUAUGAGGGUAACACUUGUGUCACCAAUCAUAAUCAGAGAACCUGUUUGUUUCAUGAAACCAAAGAUAUUGGGUUGCGUCUUGAAUCAUCAAAAGGGGAAGCAAAUGGUGUUGAUUCAACUUUUCAUGGGAAAAUCCCCAUGAAAGACAACAUCAAUAUAACAAUACAUAAUCAAGAAAACGACUUCAAUAUAGCAAUACACAAUCAAGAAAAUGGGAAUGGUCUGGACUUUGUUAUCAACAACCAAAUUGGUGAACAUGAAAAGCAAAAUAACUUAUCUGAUAACAGCCUUCAUCCAUCAGAAAUAUCAUUUGAAGAAGUUGACAAAACAGAAAGCAGCGAAAUUGAAGUGAUUAAAGAUGUUGAGGAUGAAUUUGAUGUGGAGACAGUGAUAAAGAAGCAAGGAACACAUGAUUUAUUAGGUGCUUGUAUUCUCACUUACAGGUCUACCAGUGAUUCCGUCCACCAUGGUCAGCCAUGCAUCCUACUUUCUUAUCCAACCACAAGGUUGGAACAAGAAAAUAAUGGAAUGAUUAAUGGAGGACGAUAG